AUGUCCGGCCCGCCGAAGCCCCCGAGGCUAAAGUCGAAUCCAGGUAGGAGAUUGAUAGUUAGUGUUGUUUCGAGUUGCACCUUCACAGUUGAUUAGGCAAAGUGAAAUUAACAGUGUAAUUCCAUUGUAGUAAAGAAUUCCCGAACUUUGGUUAAACGAAACUGCUCUCGAAAAAACUAAAAGCCCUUUUAUAGCCAAAAUAGAUGGAAUUUGUAGGAAAACGCACGCAGAAUAACUCUCAAAUACAUUCCAAAGUCUGUUAGCUAUAAGAAUGCAUCGUUAGAUAUAAUACAUGAUUGUCUCUUUUAAAUCAUUUACUCAUCUUUCGAAAGAUAACUUUUGAGAGGAUCUAUGAUUCACUUAAAGGACCAGUCUAAAAUGUUUUGUCCUGUCUCGAAUCAGACAAUUAAGGGAAUAUCGGUUGCCAAAUUGAUCAAAAAAUUAUUUUUGAAUUAUUUUUAAUCUUAUUCAAUUUUACGGUUUAUUGCCAUCUUUCUCAUACUUAUUGAGUUUACGGGAGAUAUAUCGGAAUAUACAUUCUUUUACAUCUUUCAAAGCUUAUUUUUGUAAAUUGAGCUAAAAAAUUGUUUAAAAACGUGUAAGGUAUACGUAUUUCCAUCUCUUCCGCCUAAUCUGCCAUUCUAAAAUCUAAAACAAGAUGAAAAGUGUUUAAUAAAGGAAAAUGAAACUUGGUUUAACGCAAUCUUGACGUAUAUUUAGAAUUAUAGAGAUUAUUGGAUGCACAAAAGUUGUUUGAUCAGUUCAAAUGGUAUGUUCUUUUUGUUUGCUCAAGUCUAAUACUUUAGGUAGGAGAAAAGGUUUGAAAUCGCUGAAGAAAAAACGGGUAGAAACUUUAGAGGAAUUCAUGAUUCAUGUGCAUUCAAUAUCUAUACUCGUCCAAAUAUACGCAAGAUUCCAUCAAACCAAGUUCCAUUCUUCUAUUAUAUUCUCAUCAUUUUUAGACCAAAUAGGGGCAGAUUAGGUGGAGGGAAAUACAUGAAUUUUUUUACGUUUUCAAACAAUUUUUUGCUCACAUUACGAAAAUAAGGUUUAAAAAAACAUAAAAGCAUAUACAUUAUAAUAUAUCUGACAUAAACUCAACAAGUAUCGAUGUUAUUCACUGAGAAAGCCGACAAUAAACCAUUAAUAACAAAAAUUAGCGAAAAAAUAAGUUUCGAACGAUUUGACAACCGCCACUCCCCUGAUUAAUCAGCCGGUUUGUUGCAGAGUAACAGGACAAAAUAUUUAUCCAGAUCGGUCCUUUAACAACACCCAAUUGAUGAGUUAAUUUUAAAAAGUCAGUUGAACUUUUGUUUGCAAUUCGAACACCAUCCUCACUCUGUCUAACUCUCUGAACUCUGCAUUAUGAGGCAUUAGUAAUUACUGAUAUAAAUGUCAUGGCCAUUUAAACGAACUUUAAAAAACAAUGGCAAACAACUGUCUUUUGAAAGUAAGGGUACAACUUGUCAUAAAAACGUUGACAAAUCAGUUUUUGAUCAAUAGAUAUUAGAGCGGGUGUGACAUUUAUCUUUUCAUCUUUAAUUACAUUUUGUUGAUCGAUGCAAUGAAAAAUACCUUUGAACAAGCGGAAAAGGAAAGUUUUAAAAAGGAGAUAGAGUUACUACGUAAAAGAGCUUAUGAAGUAAUUUUGAAAAGUAAAAUGUGUCUUAUAGUAGGUGGUACAGUUUUAAACGUUUUUUUAUACUUGUAAUGUCUUAAAACUUAACAUUUUAUAGUAAACACUUGCGAAAACAAGUUUUUUUUACAUUUCAAAACAAAAAAAUAUGAAGACAAAAAAUACAAUGUUUUCACUGUAUACUGAUAUAGCCUUGUUUCUAACAGUUGUACAUUAAUUCGUUUGUGUUUUCUGAGUAAAAAAAUGAUUUUUUUGUUGUUAAAGAAACCCAUUGACAAGUUUACACCUUGAAUAACUUUAGUCUUUUCUACCACAUGUUUAGGUGAAUCAUUCCGAAAGUCUAAAACUAAAUAAUUGGUUUCUCACUGAAAUUGUCAUUUGUAAAAAUACAAAAACCAAUAAAUUUCUAGUCGGUAGCCUUUUCCAAACUUUUUGACAAAAGAUAGAUACGUUGUAAACAUAAAUAAACCACCGAGAUGAAUUAUUGCAACCAACUAAAGUGAACACUUACAGACACAAUAAAAAGACUUUUACUUUCAUGUUUUAGUUGCAGCUAAUACUAAGAAGAAUAAAGUAACCACGUGCAUCUCCUUUGUUAAAUUAAAUAGAAAUAAAAUUAAGCUAAAACAACGUUGGACAUAACAAUUAAACAAUAUUUUACAGAUAACUCCAUCCAGAAUCCGACAUGGACCGUGACACGAAGAGAAAGAACUGGAACAUCUCCCCUCCGUUUGAACGACGAACAUGGAGCACCGUACUACCACACUCGUACUAUCACAACAACCGAAAGAGUACAAAUAUUGCAAAUGCCCCUAGAUGUAACGGAUUCAGAUGCCGCACGCCUCAGGCUGCUCUCAAUGUCACCGACCGGUGAAGCAACUCGUUCCGUCCACUCUACCACCACGACCAUUAAGGCAGGUGGGACACCUGUCAUCUCCGGAGUGACCGGACAAGGAGUGCCUCUGUUCAAUGGUAUCUACAUGAACUCGCAUCAAAGACAGACUACUACAGUCAUCACAACGACCACCACUACCUACAAAGUCAUGGACGACGGCAGUGAAGAAGAGUACGACAUCGUACAAGAAAACGAAGACAAACAACUUACCAUAGAUGUGCCAUUAGGUAUCACAAGUCAGGACAGACCUACGAAUGCUAGCUACAUAAUGAUAGGAUCAGCGACAGACAGUUCGUUAUCCCCGAUCACUUCAGAAGACGACCGUCACAGCAAAGACAACGCUUCUGAAUCCACAGAAGACGAAACGGAAAAGCUGGACUGGGCUGAGGUAUCGACCAGAAACAAAAAGAAAAUGACUUCGUUGACAUAUCGCACAAACACUUCUAGCUCAGGAUCACUAGACGAAACAGACUACGUCCAUCUCUACAAAGAUGGCACAGAGUACGUCAUCUGCCCAACUGACACCCCAAUCGACAUUCUUUAUACGAACAGAAAAGAAGAGCUUACCAACAGAAACAUUACAGACUUUGUCAGUUUAUACCACAGUGGCUUUUCGAAGACAAACGAACCACAAGAAUACGACGAUGCCUUGCCGUCAACAAGUCAAGCUAGUGAAUAUAAGCUCCAAAGUGGUCCAAUUGACGAAACAGCUCGUCAAGGUGAAGUCGAAGGACUGCCACUUGAGAAUCACGUCUCUGUGUACCACUCUGGCCGCAGUGACGUUGAGCCUCACAAACAUGAAGAACCAGUAGCCGAACCAGUCAAAGAAAAGAGCGACACAAUUGGAAAAAUUGUUGGCAUGUUCAAGAGAACGCCAGCUCACGAUGACUACCCCGCUUCCGAAGCCUACACUGGUCCAAUUGACGAAACAGCUCGUCAAGGUGAAGUCGAAGGACUGCCACUUGAGCAUCACGUCUCUGUGUACCACUCUGGCCGCAGUGACGUCGUACCUCACAAACAUGAAGAACCAGUAGUCGAACCAGUCAAAGAGAAAUCAGACAAGAUCGACAAAAUUGUUGGCAUGUUCAAGAGAACGCCAGCUCACGAUGACUACCCCGCUUCCGAAGCCUACACUGGUCCAAUUGACGAAACAGCUCGUCAAGGUGAAGUCGAAGGAAUGCCACUUGAGCAUCACGUCUCUGUGUACCACUCUGGCCGCAGUGACGUUGAGCCUCACAAACAUGAAGAACCAGUAGUCGAACUAGUCAAAGAGAAAUCAGACAAGAUCGGCAAAAUUGUUGGCAUGUUCAAGAGAACGCCAGCUCACGAUGACUACCCCGCUUCCGAAGCCUACACUGGUCCAAUUGACGAAACAGCUCGUCAAGGUGAAGUCGAAGGACUGCCACUUGAGCAUCACGUCUCUGUGUACCACUCUGGCCGCAGUGACGUCGUACCUCACAAACAUGAAGAACCAGUAGCCGAACCAGUCAAAGAAAAGAGCGACACAAUUGGAAAAAUUGUUGGCAUGUUCAAGAGAACGCCAGCUCACGAAGACUACCCCGCUUCCGAAGCCUACACUGGUCCAAUUGACGAAACAGCUCGUCAAGGUGAAGUCGAAGGACUGCCACUUGAGCAUCACGUCUCUGUGUACCACUCUGGCCGCAGUGACGUCGAACCUCACAAACAUGAAGAACCAGUAGCCGAACCAGUCAAAGAAAAGAGCGACACAAUUGGAAAAAUUGUUGGCAUGUUCAAGAGAACGCCAGCUCACGAUGACUACCCCGCUUCCGAAGCCUACACUGGUCCAAUUGACGAAACAGCUCGUCAAGGUGAAGUCAAAGGACUGCCACUUGAGCAUCACGUCUCUGUGUACCACUCUGGCCGCAGUGACGUCGUACCUCACAAACAUGAAGAACCAGUAGCCGAACCAGUCAAAGAAAAGAGCGACACAAUUGGAAAAAUUGUUGGCAUGUUCAAGAGAACGCCAGCUCACGAUGACUACCCCGCUUCCGAAGCCUACACUGGUCCAAUUGACGAAACAGCUCGUCAAGGUGAAGUCGAAGGAAUGCCACUUGAGCAUCACGUCUCUGUGUACCACUCUGGCCGCAGUGACGUUGAGCCUCACAAACAUGAAGAACCAGUAGUCGAACUAGUCAAAGAGAAAUCAGACAAGAUCGCCAAAAUUGUUGGCAUGUUCAAGAGAACGCCAGCUCACGAAGACUACCCCGCUUCCGUAGCCUACACUGGUCCAAUUGACGAAACAGCUCGUCAAGGUGAAGUCGAAGGACUGCCACUUGAGCAUCACGUCUCUGUGUACCACUCUGGCCGCAGUGACGUCGAACCUCACAAACAUGAAGAACCAGUAGCCGAACCAGUCAAAGAAAAGAGCGACACAAUUGGAAAAAUUGUUGGCAUGUUCAAGAGAACGCCAGCUCACGAAGACUACCCCGCUUCCGAAGCCUACACUGGUCCAAUUGACGAAACAGCUCGUCAAGGUGAAGUCGAAGGACUGCCACUUGAGCAUCACGUCUCUGUGUACCACUCUGGCCGCAGUGACGUCGUACCUCACAAACAUGAAGAACCAGUAGUCGAACCAGUCAAAGAGAAAUCAGACAAGAUCGCCAAAAUUGUUGGCAUGUUCAAGAGAACGCCAGCUCACGAAGACUACCCCGCUUCCGAAGCCUACACUGGUCCAAUUGACGAAACAGCUCGUCAAGGUGAAGUCGAAGGACUGCCACUUGAGCAUCACGUCUCUGUGUACCACUCUGGCCGCAGUGACGUCGUACCUCACAAACAUGAAGAACCAGUAGUCGAACCAGUCAAAGAGAAAUCAGACAAGAUCGCCAAAAUUGUUGGCAUGUUCAAGAGAACGCCAGCUCACGAAGACUACCCCGCUUCCGAAGCCUACACUGGUCCAAUUGACGAAACAGCUCGUCAAGGUGAAGUCGAAGGACUGCCACUUGAGCAUCACGUCUCUGUGUACCACUCUGGCCGCAGUGACGUCGUACCUCACAAACAUGAAGAACCAGUAGUCGAACCAGUCAAAGAAAAAAGCGACACAAUUGGAAAGAUUGUUGGCAUGUUCAAGAGAACGCCAGCUCACGAAGACUACCCCGCUUCCGUAGCCUACACUGGUCCAAUUGACGAAACAGCUCGUCAAGGUGAAGUCGAAGGACUGCCACUUGAGCAUCACGUCUCUGUGUACCACUCUGGCCGCAGUGACGUUGAGCCUCACAAACAUGAAGAACCAGUAGUCGAACUAGUCAAAGAGAAAUCAGACAAGAUCGGCAAAAUUGUUGGCAUGUUCAAGAGAACGCCAGCUCACGAAGACUACCCCGCUUCCGAAGCCUACACUGGUCCAAUUGACGAAACAGCUCGUCAAGGUGAAGUCGAAGGACUGCCACUUGAGCAUCAUGUCUCUGUGUACCACUCUGGCCGCAGUGACGUUGAGCCUCACAAACAUGAAGAACCAGUAGUCGAACCAGUCAUAGAGAAAUCAGACAAGAUCGGCAAAAUUGUUGGCAUGUUCAAGAGAACGCCAGCUCACGAAGACUACCCCGCUUCCGAAGCCUACACUGGUCCAAUUGACGAAACAGCUCGUCAAGGUGAAGUCGAAGGACUGCCACUUGAGCAUCACGUCUCUGUGUACCACUCUGGCCGCAGUGACGUCGUACCUCACAAACAUGAAGAACCAGUAGCCGAACCAGUCAAAGAAAAGAGCGACACAAUUGGAAAAAUUGUGGGCAUGUUCAAGAGAACGCCAGCUCACGAAGACUACCCCGCUUCCGAAGCCUACACUGGUCCAAUUGACGAAACAGCUCGUCAAGGUGAAGUCGAAGGACUGCCACUUGAGCAUCACGUCUCUGUGUACCACUCUGGCCGCAGUGACGUCGAACCUCACAAACAUGAAGAACCAGUAGCCGAACCAGUCAAAGAAAAGAGCGACACAAUUGGAAAAAUUGUUGGCAUGUUCAAGAGAACGCCAGCUCACGAUGACUACCCCGCUUCCGAAGCCUACACUGGUCCAAUUGACGAAACAGCUCGUCAAGGUGAAGUCGAAGGACUGCCACUUGAGCAUCACGUCUCUGUGUACCACUCUGGCCGCAGUGACGUUGAGCCUCACAAACAUGAAGAACCAGUAGUCGAACUAGUCAAAGAGAAAUCAGACAAGAUCGGCAAAAUUGUUGGCAUGUUCAAGAGAACGCCAGCUCACGAAGACUACCCCGCUUCCGAAGCCUACACUGGUCCAAUUGACGAAACAGCUCGUCAAGGUGAAGUCGAAGGACUGCCACUUGAGCAUCACGUCUCUGUGUACCACUCUGGCCGCAGUGACGUCGUACCUCACAAACAUGAAGAACCAGUAGUCGAACCAGUCAAAGAGAAAUCAGACAAGAUCGACAAAAUUGUUGGCAUGUUCAAGAGAACGCCAGCUCACGAUGACUACCCCGCUUCCGAAGCCUACACUGGUCCAAUUGACGAAACAGCUCGUCAAGGUGAAGUCGAAGGACUGCCACUUGAGCAUCACGUCUCUGUGUACCACUCUGGCCGCAGUGACGUCGAACCUCACAAACAUGAAGAACCAGUAGCCGAACCAGUCAAAGAAAAAAGCGACACAAUUGGAAAGAUUGUUGGCAUGUUCAAGAGAACGCCAGCUCACGAAGACUACCCCGCUUCCGUAGCCUACACUGGUCCAAUUGACGAAACAGCUCGUCAAGGUGAAGUCGAAGGACUGCCACUUGAGCAUCACGUCUCUGUGUACCACUCUGGCCGCAGUGACGUUGAGCCUCACAAACAUGAAGAACCAGUAGUCGAACUAGUCAAAGAGAAAUCAGACAAGAUCGGCAAAAUUGUUGGCAUGUUCAAGAGAACGCCAGCUCACGAAGACUACCCCGCUUCCGAAGCCUACACUGGUCCAAUUGACGAAACAGCUCGUCAAGGUGAAGUCGAAGGACUGCCACUUGAGCAUCACGUCUCUGUGUACCACUCUGGCCGCAGUGACGUCGUACCUCACAAACAUGAAGAACCAGUAGUCGAACCAGUCAAAGAGAAAUCAGACAAGAUCGACAAAAUUGUUGGCAUGUUCAAGAGAACGCCAGCUCACGAAGACUACCCCGCUUCCGAAGCCUACACUGGUCCAAUUGACGAAACAGCUCGUCAAGGUGAAGUCGAAGGACUGCCACUUGAGCAUCACGUCUCUGUGUACCACUCUGGCCGCAGUGACGUUGAGCCUCACAAACAUGAAGAACCAGUAGCCGAACCAGUCAAAGAAAAGAGCGACACAAUUGGAAAAAUUGUUGGCAUGUUCAAGAGAACGCCAGCUCACGAAGACUACCCCGCUUCCGAAGCCUACACUGGUCCAAUUGACGAAACAGCUCGUCAAGGUGAAGUCGAAGGACUGCCACUUGAGCAUCACGUCUCUGUGUACCACUCUGGCCGCAGUGACGUUGAGCCUCACAAACAUGAAGAACCAGUAGUCGAACCAGUCAAAGAGAAAUCAGACAAGAUCGCCAAAAUUGUUGGCAUGUUCAAGAGAACGCCAGCUCACGAAGACUACCCCGCUUCCGAAGCCUACACUGGUCCAAUUGACGAAACAGCUCGUCAAGGUGAAGUCGAAGGACUGCCACUUGAGCAUCACGUCUCUGUGUACCACUCUGGCCGCAGUGACGUUGAGCCUCACAAACAUGAAGAACCAGUAGCCGAACCAGUCAAAGAAAAGAGCGACACAAUUGGAAAAAUUGUUGGCAUGUUCAAGAGAACGCCAGCUCACGAUGACUACCCCGCUUCCGAAGCCUACACUGGUCCAAUUGACGAAACAGCUCGUCAAGGUGAAGUCGAAGGACUGCCACUUGAGCAUCACGUCUCUGUGUACCACUCUGGCCGCAGCGACGUCGAACCUCACAAACAUGAAGAACCAGUAGCCGAACCAGUCAAAGAAAAGAGCGACACAAUUGGAAAGAUUGUUGGCAUGUUCAAGAGAACGCCAGCUCACGAAGACUACCCCGCUUCCGAAGCCUACACUGGUCCAAUUGACGAAACAGCUCGUCAAGGUGAAGUCGAAGGACUGCCACUUGAGCAUCACGUCUCUGUGUACCACUCUGGCCGCAGUGACGUCGUACCUCACAAACAUGAAGAACCAGUAGUCGAACCAGUCAAAGAGAAAUCAGACAAAAUCGCCAAAAUUGUUGGCAUGUUCAAGAGAACGCCAGCUCACGAAGACUACCCCGCUUCCGAAGCCUACACUGGUCCAAUUGACGAAACAGCUCGUCAAGGUGAAGUCGAAGGACUGCCACUUGAGCAUCACGUCUCUGUGUACCACUCUGGCCGCAGUGACGUCGAACCUCACAAACAUGAAGAACCAGUAGCCGAACCAGUCAAAGAAAAGAGCGACACAAUUGGAAAAAUUGUUGGCAUGUUCAAGAGAACGCCAGCUCACGAUGACUACCCCGCUUCCGAAGCCUACACUGGUCCAAUUGACGAAACAGCUCGUCAAGGUGAAGUCGAAGGACUGCCACUUGAGCAUCACGUCUCUGUGUACCACUCUGGCCGCAGCGACGUCGAACCUCACAAACAUGAAGAACCAGUAGCCGAACCAGUCAAAGAAAAGAGCGACACAAUUGGAAAGAUUGUUGGCAUGUUCAAGAGAACGCCAGCUCACGAAGACUACCCCGCUUCCGAAGCCUACACUGGUCCAAUUGACGAAACAGCUCGUCAAGGUGAAGUCGAAGGACUGCCACUUGAGCAUCACGUCUCUGUGUACCACUCUGGCCGCAGUGACGUCGUACCUCACAAACAUGAAGAACCAGUAGUCGAACCAGUCAAAGAGAAAUCAGACAAGAUCGCCAAAAUUGUUGGCAUGUUCAAGAGAACGCCAGCUCACGAAGACUACCCCGCUUCCGAAGCCUACACUGGUCCAAUUGACGAAACAGCUCGUCAAGGUGAAGUCGAAGGACUGCCACUUGAGCAUCACGUCUCUGUGUACCACUCUGGCCGCAGUGACGUUGAGCCUCACAAACAUGAAGAACCAGUAGUCGAACUAGUCAAAGAGAAAUCAGACAAGAUCGCCAAAAUUGUUGGCAUGUUCAAGAGAACGCCAGCUCACGAAGACUACCCCGCUUCCGUAGCCUACACUGGUCCAAUUGACGAAACAGCUCGUCAAGGUGAAGUCGAAGGACUGCCACUUGAGCAUCACGUCUCUGUGUACCACUCUGGCCGCAGUGACGUUGAGCCUCACAAACAUGAAGAACCAGUAGUCGAACCAGUCAAAGAGAAAUCAGACAAGAUCGCCAAAAUUGUUGGCAUGUUCAAGAGAACGCCAGCUCACGAAGACUACCCCGCUUCCGUAGCCUACACUGGUCCAAUUGACGAAACAGCUCGUCAAGGUGAAGUCGAAGGACUGCCACUUGAGCAUCACGUCUCUGUGUACCACUCUGGCCGCAGUGACGUCGAACCUCACAAACAUGAAGAACCAGUAGCCGAACCAGUCAAAGAAAAGAGCGACACAAUUGGAAAAAUUGUUGGCAUGUUCAAGAGAACGCCAGCUCACGAAGACUACCCCGCUUCCGAAGCCUACACUGGUCCAAUUGACGAAACAGCUCGUCAAGGUGAAGUCGAAGGACUGCCACUUGAGCAUCACGUCUCUGUGUACCACUCUGGCCGCAGUGACGUCGAACCUCACAAACAUGAAGAACCAGUAGCCGAACCAGUCAAAGAAAAGAGCGACACAAUUGGAAAAAUUGUUGGCAUGUUCAAGAGAACGCCAGCUCACGAUGACUACCCCGCUUCCGAAGCCUACACUGGUCCAAUUGACGAAACAGCUCGUCAAGGUGAAGUCGAAGGACUGCCACUUGAGCAUCACGUCUCUGUGUACCACUCUGGCCGCAGUGACGUCGUACCUCACAAACAUGAAGAACCAGUAGUCGAACCAGUCAAAGAGAAAUCAGACAAGAUCGACAAAAUUGUUGGCAUGUUCAAGAGAACGCCAGCUCACGAUGACUACCCCGCUUCCGAAGCCUACACUGGUCCAAUUGACGAAACAGCUCGUCAAGGUGAAGUCGAAGGAAUGCCACUUGAGCAUCACGUCUCUGUGUACCACUCUGGCCGCAGUGACGUUGAGCCUCACAAACAUGAAGAACCAGUAGUCGAACUAGUCAAAGAAAAGAGCGACACAAUUGGAAAAAUUGUUGGCAUGUUCAAGAGAACGCCAGCUCACGAUGACUACCCCGCUUCCGAAGCCUACACUGGUCCAAUUGACGAAACAGCUCGUCAAGGUGAAGUCAAAGGACUGCCACUUGAGCAUCACGUCUCUGUGUACCACUCUGGCCGCAGUGACGUCGUACCUCACAAACAUGAAGAACCAGUAGCCGAACCAGUCAAAGAAAAGAGCGACACAAUUGGAAAAAUUGUUGGCAUGUUCAAGAGAACGCCAGCUCACGAUGACUACCCCGCUUCCGAAGCCUACACUGGUCCAAUUGACGAAACAGCUCGUCAAGGUGAAGUCGAAGGAAUGCCACUUGAGCAUCACGUCUCUGUGUACCACUCUGGCCGCAGUGACGUUGAGCCUCACAAACAUGAAGAACCAGUAGUCGAACUAGUCAAAGAGAAAUCAGACAAGAUCGCCAAAAUUGUUGGCAUGUUCAAGAGAACGCCAGCUCACGAAGACUACCCCGCUUCCGAAGCCUACACUGGUCCAAUUGACGAAACAGCUCGUCAAGGUGAAGUCGAAGGACUGCCACUUGAGCAUCACGUCUCUGUGUACCACUCUGGCCGCAGUGACGUUGAGCCUCACAAACAUGAAGAACCAGUAGUCGAACUAGUCAAAGAGAAAUCAGACAAGAUCGCCAAAAUUGUUGGCAUGUUCAAGAGAACGCCAGCUCACGAAGACUACCCCGCUUCCGUAGCCUACACUGGUCCAAUUGACGAAACAGCUCGUCAAGGUGAAGUCGAAGGACUGCCACUUGAGCAUCACGUCUCUGUGUACCACUCUGGCCGCAGUGACGUUGAGCCUCACAAACAUGAAGAACCAGUAGUCGAACCAGUCAAAGAGAAAUCAGACAAGAUCGCCAAAAUUGUUGGCAUGUUCAAGAGAACGCCAGCUCACGAAGACUACCCCGCUUCCGUAGCCUACACUGGUCCAAUUGACGAAACAGCUCGUCAAGGUGAAGUCGAAGGACUGCCACUUGAGCAUCACGUCUCUGUGUACCACUCUGGCCGCAGUGACGUCGAACCUCACAAACAUGAAGAACCAGUAGCCGAACCAGUCAAAGAAAAGAGCGACACAAUUGGAAAAAUUGUUGGCAUGUUCAAGAGAACGCCAGCUCACGAAGACUACCCCGCUUCCGAAGCCUACACUGGUCCAAUUGACGAAACAGCUCGUCAAGGUGAAGUCGAAGGACUGCCACUUGAGCAUCACGUCUCUGUGUACCACUCUGGCCGCAGUGACGUCGUACCUCACAAACAUGAAGAACCAGUAGUCGAACCAGUCAAAGAGAAAUCAGACAAGAUCGCCAAAAUUGUUGGCAUGUUCAAGAGAACGCCAGCUCACGAAGACUACCCCGCUUCCGAAGCCUACACUGGUCCAAUUGACGAAACAGCUCGUCAAGGUGAAGUCGAAGGACUGCCACUUGAGCAUCACGUCUCUGUGUACCACUCUGGCCGCAGUGACGUUGAGCCUCACAAACAUGAAGAACCAGUAGUCGAACUAGUCAAAGAGAAAUCAGACAAGAUCGCCAAAAUUGUUGGCAUGUUCAAGAGAACGCCAGCUCACGAAGACUACCCCGCUUCCGUAGCCUACACUGGUCCAAUUGACGAAACAGCUCGUCAAGGUGAAGUCGAAGGACUGCCACUUGAGCAUCACGUCUCUGUGUACCACUCUGGCCGCAGUGACGUUGAGCCUCACAAACAUGAAGAACCAGUAGUCGAACCAGUCAAAGAGAAAUCAGACAAGAUCGCCAAAAUUGUUGGCAUGUUCAAGAGAACGCCAGCUCACGAAGACUACCCCGCUUCCGUAGCCUACACUGGUCCAAUUGACGAAACAGCUCGUCAAGGUGAAGUCGAAGGACUGCCACUUGAGCAUCACGUCUCUGUGUACCACUCUGGCCGCAGUGACGUCGAACCUCACAAACAUGAAGAACCAGUAGCCGAACCAGUCAAAGAAAAGAGCGACACAAUUGGAAAAAUUGUUGGCAUGUUCAAGAGAACGCCAGCUCACGAAGACUACCCCGCUUCCGAAGCCUACACUGGUCCAAUUGACGAAACAGCUCGUCAAGGUGAAGUCGAAGGACUGCCACUUGAGCAUCACGUCUCUGUGUACCACUCUGGCCGCAGUGACGUCGAACCUCACAAACAUGAAGAACCAGUAGCCGAACCAGUCAAAGAAAAGAGCGACACAAUUGGAAAAAUUGUUGGCAUGUUCAAGAGAACGCCAGCUCACGAUGACUACCCCGCUUCCGAAGCCUACACUGGUCCAAUUGACGAAACAGCUCGUCAAGGUGAAGUCGAAGGACUGCCACUUGAGCAUCACGUCUCUGUGUACCACUCUGGCCGCAGUGACGUCGUACCUCACAAACAUGAAGAACCAGUAGUCGAACCAGUCAAAGAGAAAUCAGACAAGAUCGACAAAAUUGUUGGCAUGUUCAAGAGAACGCCAGCUCACGAUGACUACCCCGCUUCCGAAGCCUACACUGGUCCAAUUGACGAAACAGCUCGUCAAGGUGAAGUCGAAGGAAUGCCACUUGAGCAUCACGUCUCUGUGUACCACUCUGGCCGCAGUGACGUUGAGCCUCACAAACAUGAAGAACCAGUAGUCGAACUAGUCAAAGAAAAGAGCGACACAAUUGGAAAAAUUGUUGGCAUGUUCAAGAGAACGCCAGCUCACGAUGACUACCCCGCUUCCGAAGCCUACACUGGUCCAAUUGACGAAACAGCUCGUCAAGGUGAAGUCAAAGGACUGCCACUUGAGCAUCACGUCUCUGUGUACCACUCUGGCCGCAGUGACGUCGUACCUCACAAACAUGAAGAACCAGUAGCCGAACCAGUCAAAGAAAAGAGCGACACAAUUGGAAAAAUUGUUGGCAUGUUCAAGAGAACGCCAGCUCACGAUGACUACCCCGCUUCCGAAGCCUACACUGGUCCAAUUGACGAAACAGCUCGUCAAGGUGAAGUCGAAGGAAUGCCACUUGAGCAUCACGUCUCUGUGUACCACUCUGGCCGCAGUGACGUUGAGCCUCACAAACAUGAAGAACCAGUAGUCGAACUAGUCAAAGAGAAAUCAGACAAGAUCGCCAAAAUUGUUGGCAUGUUCAAGAGAACGCCAGCUCACGAAGACUACCCCGCUUCCGAAGCCUACACUGGUCCAAUUGACGAAACAGCUCGUCAAGGUGAAGUCGAAGGACUGCCACUUGAGCAUCACGUCUCUGUGUACCACUCUGGCCGCAGUGACGUUGAGCCUCACAAACAUGAAGAACCAGUAGUCGAACUAGUCAAAGAGAAAUCAGACAAGAUCGCCAAAAUUGUUGGCAUGUUCAAGAGAACGCCAGCUCACGAAGACUACCCCGCUUCCGUAGCCUACACUGGUCCAAUUGACGAAACAGCUCGUCAAGGUGAAGUCGAAGGACUGCCACUUGAGCAUCACGUCUCUGUGUACCACUCUGGCCGCAGUGACGUUGAGCCUCACAAACAUGAAGAACCAGUAGUCGAACCAGUCAAAGAGAAAUCAGACAAGAUCGCCAAAAUUGUUGGCAUGUUCAAGAGAACGCCAGCUCACGAAGACUACCCCGCUUCCGUAGCCUACACUGGUCCAAUUGACGAAACAGCUCGUCAAGGUGAAGUCGAAGGACUGCCACUUGAGCAUCACGUCUCUGUGUACCACUCUGGCCGCAGUGACGUCGAACCUCACAAACAUGAAGAACCAGUAGCCGAACCAGUCAAAGAAAAGAGCGACACAAUUGGAAAAAUUGUUGGCAUGUUCAAGAGAACGCCAGCUCACGAAGACUACCCCGCUUCCGAAGCCUACACUGGUCCAAUUGACGAAACAGCUCGUCAAGGUGAAGUCGAAGGACUGCCACUUGAGCAUCACGUCUCUGUGUACCACUCUGGCCGCAGUGACGUCGUACCUCACAAACAUGAAGAACCAGUAGUCGAACCAGUCAAAGAGAAAUCAGACAAGAUCGCCAAAAUUGUUGGCAUGUUCAAGAGAACGCCAGCUCACGAAGACUACCCCGCUUCCGAAGCCUACACUGGUCCAAUUGACGAAACAGCUCGUCAAGGUGAAGUCGAAGGACUGCCACUUGAGCAUCACGUCUCUGUGUACCACUCUGGCCGCAGUGACGUCGUACCUCACAAACAUGAAGAACCAGUAGUCGAACCAGUCAAAGAGAAAUCAGACAAGAUCGCCAAAAUUGUUGGCAUGUUCAAGAGAACGCCAGCUCACGAAGACUACCCCGCUUCCGAAGCCUACACUGGUCCAAUUGACGAAACAGCUCGUCAAGGUGAAGUCGAAGGACUGCCACUUGAGCAUCACGUCUCUGUGUACCACUCUGGCCGCAGUGACGUCGUACCUCACAAACAUGAAGAACCAGUAGUCGAACCAGUCAAAGAAAAAAGCGACACAAUUGGAAAGAUUGUUGGCAUGUUCAAGAGAACGCCAGCUCACGAAGACUACCCCGCUUCCGUAGCCUACACUGGUCCAAUUGACGAAACAGCUCGUCAAGGUGAAGUCGAAGGACUGCCACUUGAGCAUCACGUCUCUGUGUACCACUCUGGCCGCAGUGACGUUGAGCCUCACAAACAUGAAGAACCAGUAGUCGAACUAGUCAAAGAGAAAUCAGACAAGAUCGGCAAAAUUGUUGGCAUGUUCAAGAGAACGCCAGCUCACGAAGACUACCCCGCUUCCGAAGCCUACACUGGUCCAAUUGACGAAACAGCUCGUCAAGGUGAAGUCGAAGGACUGCCACUUGAGCAUCAUGUCUCUGUGUACCACUCUGGCCGCAGUGACGUUGAGCCUCACAAACAUGAAGAACCAGUAGUCGAACCAGUCAUAGAGAAAUCAGACAAGAUCGGCAAAAUUGUUGGCAUGUUCAAGAGAACGCCAGCUCACGAAGACUACCCCGCUUCCGAAGCCUACACUGGUCCAAUUGACGAAACAGCUCGUCAAGGUGAAGUCGAAGGACUGCCACUUGAGCAUCACGUCUCUGUGUACCACUCUGGCCGCAGUGACGUCGUACCUCACAAACAUGAAGAACCAGUAGCCGAACCAGUCAAAGAAAAGAGCGACACAAUUGGAAAAAUUGUUGGCAUGUUCAAGAGAACGCCAGCUCACGAUGACUACCCCGCUUCCGAAGCCUACACUGGUCCAAUUGACGAAACAGCUCGUCAAGGUGAAGUCGAAGGACUGCCACUUGAGCAUCACGUCUCUGUGUACCACUCUGGCCGCAGUGACGUCGAACCUCACAAACAUGAAGAACCAGUAGCCGAACCAGUCAAAGAAAAAAGCGACACAAUUGGAAAGAUUGUUGGCAUGUUCAAGAGAACGCCAGCUCACGAAGACUACCCCGCUUCCGUAGCCUACACUGGUCCAAUUGACGAAACAGCUCGUCAAGGUGAAGUCGAAGGACUGCCACUUGAGCAUCACGUCUCUGUGUACCACUCUGGCCGCAGUGACGUUGAGCCUCACAAACAUGAAGAACCAGUAGUCGAACUAGUCAAAGAGAAAUCAGACAAGAUCGGCAAAAUUGUUGGCAUGUUCAAGAGAACGCCAGCUCACGAAGACUACCCCGCUUCCGAAGCCUACACUGGUCCAAUUGACGAAACAGCUCGUCAAGGUGAAGUCGAAGGACUGCCACUUGAGCAUCACGUCUCUGUGUACCACUCUGGCCGCAGUGACGUCGUACCUCACAAACAUGAAGAACCAGUAGUCGAACCAGUCAAAGAGAAAUCAGACAAGAUCGACAAAAUUGUUGGCAUGUUCAAGAGAACGCCAGCUCACGAAGACUACCCCGCUUCCGAAGCCUACACUGGUCCAAUUGACGAAACAGCUCGUCAAGGUGAAGUCGAAGGACUGCCACUUGAGCAUCACGUCUCUGUGUACCACUCUGGCCGCAGUGACGUCGAACCUCACAAACAUGAAGAACCAGUAGCCGAACCAGUCAAAGAAAAAAGCGACACAAUUGGAAAGAUUGUUGGCAUGUUCAAGAGAACGCCAGCUCACGAAGACUACCCCGCUUCCGUAGCCUACACUGGUCCAAUUGACGAAACAGCUCGUCAAGGUGAAGUCGAAGGACUGCCACUUGAGCAUCACGUCUCUGUGUACCACUCUGGCCGCAGUGACGUUGAGCCUCACAAACAUGAAGAACCAGUAGUCGAACUAGUCAAAGAGAAAUCAGACAAGAUCGGCAAAAUUGUUGGCAUGUUCAAGAGAACGCCAGCUCACGAAGACUACCCCGCUUCCGAAGCCUACACUGGUCCAAUUGACGAAACAGCUCGUCAAGGUGAAGUCGAAGGACUGCCACUUGAGCAUCACGUCUCUGUGUACCACUCUGGCCGCAGUGACGUCGUACCUCACAAACAUGAAGAACCAGUAGUCGAACCAGUCAAAGAGAAAUCAGACAAGAUCGACAAAAUUGUUGGCAUGUUCAAGAGAACGCCAGCUCACGAAGACUACCCCGCUUCCGAAGCCUACACUGGUCCAAUUGACGAAACAGCUCGUCAAGGUGAAGUCGAAGGACUGCCACUUGAGCAUCACGUCUCUGUGUACCACUCUGGCCGCAGUGACGUCGAACCUCACAAACAUGAAGAACCAGUAGCCGAACCAGUCAAAGAAAAAAGCGACACAAUUGGAAAGAUUGUUGGCAUGUUCAAGAGAACGCCAGCUCACGAAGACUACCCCGCUUCCGUAGCCUACACUGGUCCAAUUGACGAAACAGCUCGUCAAGGUGAAGUCGAAGGACUGCCACUUGAGCAUCACGUCUCUGUGUACCACUCUGGCCGCAGUGACGUUGAGCCUCACAAACAUGAAGAACCAGUAGUCGAACUAGUCAAAGAGAAAUCAGACAAGAUCGCCAAAAUUGUUGGCAUGUUCAAGAGAACGCCAGCUCACGAAGACUACCCCGCUUCCGAAGCCUACACUGGUCCAAUUGACGAAACAGCUCGUCAAGGUGAAGUCGAAGGACUGCCACUUGAGCAUCACGUCUCUGUGUACCACUCUGGCCGCAGUGACGUCGUACCUCACAAACAUGAAGAACCAGUAGCCGAACCAGUCAAAGAAAAGAGCGACACAAUUGGAAAAAUUGUGGGCAUGUUCAAGAGAACGCCAGCUCACGAAGACUACCCCGCUUCCGAAGCCUACACUGGUCCAAUUGACGAAACAGCUCGUCAAGGUGAAGUCGAAGGACUGCCACUUGAGCAUCACGUCUCUGUGUACCACUCUGGCCGCAGUGACGUCGAACCUCACAAACAUGAAGAACCAGUAGCCGAACCAGUCAAAGAAAAGAGCGACACAAUUGGAAAAAUUGUUGGCAUGUUCAAGAGAACGCCAGCUCACGAUGACUACCCCGCUUCCGAAGCCUACACUGGUCCAAUUGACGAAACAGCUCGUCAAGGUGAAGUCGAAGGACUGCCACUUGAGCAUCACGUCUCUGUGUACCACUCUGGCCGCAGUGACGUUGAGCCUCACAAACAUGAAGAACCAGUAGUCGAACUAGUCAAAGAGAAAUCAGACAAGAUCGGCAAAAUUGUUGGCAUGUUCAAGAGAACGCCAGCUCACGAAGACUACCCCGCUUCCGAAGCCUACACUGGUCCAAUUGACGAAACAGCUCGUCAAGGUGAAGUCGAAGGACUGCCACUUGAGCAUCACGUCUCUGUGUACCACUCUGGCCGCAGUGACGUCGAACCUCACAAACAUGAAGAACCAGUAGCCGAACCAGUCAAAGAAAAGAGCGACACAAUUGGAAAAAUUGUUGGCAUGUUCAAGAGAACGCCAGCUCACGAUGACUACCCCGCUUCCGAAGCCUACACUGGUCCAAUUGACGAAACAGCUCGUCAAGGUGAAGUCGAAGGACUGCCACUUGAGCAUCACGUCUCUGUGUACCACUCUGGCCGCAGUGACGUUGAGCCUCACAAACAUGAAGAACCAGUAGUCGAACUAGUCAAAGAGAAAUCAGACAAGAUCGGCAAAAUUGUUGGCAUGUUCAAGAGAACGCCAGCUCACGAUGACUACCCCGCUUCCGAAGCCUACACUGGUCCAAUUGACGAAACAGCUCGUCAAGGUGAAGUCGAAGGACUGCCACUUGAGCAUCACGUCUCUGUGUACCACUCUGGCCGCAGUGACGUUGAGCCUCACAAACAUGAAGAACCAGUAGUCGAACUAGUCAAAGAGAAAUCAGACAAGAUCGGCAAAAUUGUUGGCAUGUUCAAGAGAACGCCAGCUCACGAAGACUACCCCGCUUCCGAAGCCUACACUGGUCCAAUUGACGAAACAGCUCGUCAAGGUGAAGUCGAAGGACUGCCACUUGAGCAUCACGUCUCUGUGUACCACUCUGGCCGCAGUGACGUUGAGCCUCACAAACAUGAAGAACCAGUAGCCGAACCAGUCAAAGAAAAGAGCGACACAAUUGGAAAAAUUGUUGGCAUGUUCAAGAGAACGCCAGCUCACGAAGACUACCCCGCUUCCGAAGCCUACACUGGUCCAAUUGACGAAACAGCUCGUCAAGGUGAAGUCGAAGGACUGCCACUUGAGCAUCACGUCUCUGUGUACCACUCUGGCCGCAGUGACGUUGAGCCUCACAAACAUGAAGAACCAGUAGCCGAACCAGUCAAAGAAAAGAGCGACACAAUUGGAAAAAUUGUUGGCAUGUUCAAGAGAACGCCAGCUCACGAAGACUACCCCCGCUUCCGAAGCCUACACUGGUCCAAUUGA